GUGAAAACAAACCCAAUAAUCGAGAGAGAGAGAGAGAGAGAAAGAAGCUCCCACCGUCACCACACCCAGGCCCCAGCCAUCAGCUAUGGUGGAACUCUCGAUUGUUCUGAAGAUGUCAUUUGCCAUAGUUGUAGUUGGGUUUAUUAACUUGUGUAUUCAUCUGUAUAACGUUCUGUGGGUGAAGCCUGAGAGGCUCCGCUCAGAGCUUGGAAAGCAAGGUAUCAGAGGUCCUCCUCGGACACUCGUAUUGGGGAAUAUUCUGGACAUGAAGAGGGCUCAGUCGGCGGUGGCCAAGUCUUUGAGGGAAGAAGAUGCAUCGAAUAUGACGCACAAUCUGUCAUCCAGGCUAUUCCCAUUUUUCGAGCAGUGGCGAAGCCAAUAUGGUCACAUAUUCAUGUUUGCUGUGGGCAACGCACAACUGUUACACGUGACCCAGCCCGAUAUAGUGAAGGAAAUAAGCGUGUGCACGUCCCUAAACUUUGGGAAGCCCUCGUAUCAACACAAGGACCGUGGGCCUUUGCUUGGCCAGGGCAUUCUCACCUCAAAUGGGAUCGCUUGGGCCCACCAAAGAAAAAUCAUUGCUCCUCAAUUGUAUAUGGACAAGGUUAAGGGCAUGAUAGACUUGAUAACAGAGUCUACAAUUUCGCUCAUGAAUCUAUGGAAGAGUAAGAUCGAAAACGGUGGGGGAGUUGGAGAGAUCAAGAUUGAUGAGGAUUUGAGAAGUUUUUCUGGAGAUGUAAUUUCAAGAGCAUGUUUCGGUAGCAGUUACUCCAAAGCCAGGGACAUAUUCUUAAAGCUGAGGCUUCUUCAAGACGCCAUGUCCAAAAAAAGUUUGACCACUGGGAUCCCUGGAAUGAGAUAUGUUCCCACAAAGAGCAACAGAGAAAUAUGGCGAUUAGAGAAAGAGAUACGCCGGCUGAUACUGAAAGUAGUGAAAGAACGCGAAGCAAGUAAACAACCGGAGAAAGACCUGUUGCAAACGAUUCUGGAAGGAGCGAAAGAGGGUGACCUGAGUCCGGAGGCAACCGAUCGAUUCAUAGUUGACAAUUGCAAGAACAUCUACCUGGCAGGAUAUGAGACCACUGCUGUUUCUUCUCUGUGGACCUUGAUGCUUCUGGCUUCGCAUCCUGAGUGGCAAGCUCGUGUUCGCCAAGAGGUAUUGCAAGUUUGUGGAUCAGGAAAACUACUUCCAGAUGCAGAUAUGCUUCGCAGGAUGAAAUUGUUGACGAUGGUGAUUCACGAGUCGUUGCGUCUUUACCCUCCGGUUGCAAUAAUCUCAAGAGAAGCUCUGAAAGACAUGAAAUUUGGAGACAUUCAUGUUCCAGAAAGCGUUAACGUGUGGACCUCGGUGACAUGGUUACACCUUGACCCAGAAUAUUGGGGACCUGAUUCUUACAAGUUUAAUCCGGAUAGGUUUGCCAAUGGUAUCGCUGGUGCCUGCAAGCUCCCAUACCUCUACAUGCCUUUUGGGGUAGGACCUCGCAUUUGUCUGGGACAGAACUUGGCCAUGCAAGAAUUGAAGAUUCUUCUGUCUCUCAUUUUAACCAAUUUCUCUUUCUCCCUAUCUCCCAACUAUCGUCACUCCCCUGCGCUUAGGUUGGUUAUUGAACCUGAGCAUGGAAUCGAUCUUCUAAUCACAAGACUACAGUGAUGAUCGAUGCAUUAAUUCACAUACACAUUGGCGGACAUAAAUAACAUAAAGCAGUGGCUUUUGCUUGUAUAAAUUUUCUCGUUUUCUUUCUUUGUUUUUUCCCCUGUAUUUCUAGUGUUCAUGAUAUAUGUCUAUCUUUUGUCAUGUACUGAUCUUGUUUAGUAAAAAUAUGGUGGUCCAGAUACUUUUUUUGUUUUAA